AUUAACAUUAAUAUGUUAAAAUAUAUUUCUUUCAGAAAACAAAUUAACGAACUAAUAACAACAAAGUAAACAAAAUAUACAGACAGAUAAAUAAAUGUGAAUUUAUGGAAACUUUAUUCUUUCAAUUAGUUAUAAUUUAUCUCGUGCGAAGCAGUGCGUUUAUUCCGGCUGAAAAUGAAUCUUAUUUAAUAACAAUAAAAAAUGUAGACUUCCAUGGCAGAGGAAAGUUUCCCUCUAGAAUUGAAGUAGUGUUUAGUUUCCAAGACAACGACGUUUCCUUGCUUCUACAAAAGGAUGAUGUUUCAACUCAACUUCUUAGCGAGGACCUGUUUCACACCUCGAAAAUCCUCCCUUCAGGGCUAUUUAAGGACAAAGAAAGAGAUAACUUUGCAGCUUACGAAUCUGGCAACUUAGACGUUCUCGUUGUCCAUCGAGAGACUUCGGACUUCAGCCCAAAAUUUUAUGGUAGAUUUACUCAUAAUAGUAACAGAAUGGUUAUACAUGCUGAAGGCGGAAGUCACAAAAGUCAUCGUGUAAAGCGGGAACUGAACGAAGAUAAAGAUCACCACAGAACCGGUAGAGCUACAACAGAUGAUAUUAUAGAAUUGUUCAUAUUUGCCGACCUGUCCGUUUAUGAACAUAUUGCUACAGAGCUACUUCCAGGCAAAACAGAAACCGAAGUUAAAACAUUUAUCAAAAACUAUUUAACUGCACUUGGGAAGGAGGUUGACACAAUCUACCAGUAUCUUGGGAAGUACGGUGAUAUCGGUACCAUCAGGGUAUAUUUCCAGCAAUAUCAAAUUAUAACGGUAAGACUGACAGCAUCACUCAUUUAA